GGCCCCCAGUUUUUAUUCUCAAUUGCAGUUAUCUCCCAUUGAAAAAUAAAGAAAAGAUAUUGGUCACGGAGGUGUUCUAAUUCUGUCAACACUGUGAUAUGAUAUACAAUGUGAAGCAAUCGAAUGUAAGACCUACAAGUGAUGAAGAUCUACCCUAAGAUGCCAUGUUCUACAGUAUCUCCCUGGAAACAGUCCAAGGUCAACAGGCAACUCUGUAGAUUCUUAAAGAAAAUUAACAAAUGUAAAGUAAACAGAGAUGAUCUAUUUGUUUAUUUGUUUAUACUGAUAACCAUAGUAGUUAUUGUCUUUAUAAUUAUUUUGGUGUGGACACUAGGAGGGGACAGAUGCAAUGGACAGAGAACAAAGCAAGCUUUGUGUAAAGAGUAUAACAAUGGAGUUAUAACAGGAGAUUUAUGUUACAGUAUUUGUAUUGAGAAGUCUAUUCCUCUUCAUUAUUGUGAGUCAGAGACCCACAGUGAUAUUACCUACAGACAUCAGGAAUCACUUAUUAAGAUACAGAAGAACCCUGCUGCAGAACCUCUACCUUAUCCUAUAUCAUUAGAAACAUUCCAAGAUAAAGUGUUCCACUUUCUACAGUACAACCUUGGAGAAAUAGACUCCCCACAGUUAUUAGAUAGAGUUCUAGGGUUUACAGACUUCAAUGCAAAUGGAGAGAUGAAUUAUGCUGAGUGCAAUACUCUGUGGCAGCUACUUCAUACUAGAGAAUUUUUUAUUCUGCUGAUCUUUCAAAAUGAGGCAAGUUUUCCUAAGAUAAAUGGAACUUGUGGAAGUGCCUAUGCCUAUGAUUACAUUCCCAGUUCACCAUUGUAUCAGAAAAAAAGUGAUGUUAAUCCUGUGAUGCAGUACUUCUUUCCAAAUUAUAAUCAGUGGAUGUUACCUACAUGGGAGAAGAGAGCUCAGAUAGCUAUAGGACUGUUGGAAUUGUCCUCCAUUUUGACAGAAUCGUUCAGUACAAAGUUUUACAUGUGUGAUAUAAAACAUACUAACUUUGGUGUGUCAAAAGAUUUUGAAGCUAAAGUUGUCAACUUAGAGAGUGUUAUGUCUGAACAACAGCUGCUACAUUCAGGUGGUAAAAAACGCUGUUAUUUCGAUAGCGAAUGUUCCUAUGGUAUCGGGUGCAGUAUGUCAUGUGAUGUAAAUUCCCGUACAUGUUCAAAUGUCCCGAGGAGACCUGCAGUGUCUUUUAUUUGUGAUAUAUUGAAAGAUUAUGUUUUAUUUGACUCCCCAGAGAAUUGCAAGUUUCUAUUUGAAUCGUUAAUUUCACAAUGUCAGUCCUUGACAUCACUUAAUCAUACUAUAAGUCACAAUGUUAUACCUAACAAGAUCAAAGACAUACUGUGGAACCAGGUUAAAAAUAAACCAGUAGAUUGGUUAAAACCUAGAAAGAAAAGAAGUCUAGUGCAGAAAAAUGUACCUUUGAAAAAAGUAAACAAGAAAUUACGAGUAUAACAGAAACUGAAAUUCUUAAAUUUCUAUUAUACAAAUGUUUAUUUUGGAAAAACAAAUGAGCCAUGAAGCAAAUUAUUUUUCAUUUGAAAUGAUAACUUGACAAGAAUUUGUGUAGAAAAUGAAUGAUGUGUACAACUUAAAAAAUGUAUGUACAUUGUAAUAAGCUAUGUUUUUUCAAAAUUUCUUAAAAAUAAUCAAUGAACAGGUUGAUCAUCAGUGAUUUGCUUGUGGUUGUCGAAUGACUUGAACCCAUGUGAAAAAUGGCAGCCAAAAAGUAGUUGAAGCUAAUUGCUGAUUGUAUACAUAUAUACAUUGUAAUUAAGUAAAAUCAAAAGCUUCCUUCAGCUUGAUUGAACUUUCCGUCCAGCUACCUCAGGCAUGAAAACAUGUGAUUUUAAUGUUGGUGUGUGAUCUAGUCAAACUUUUAUUAUAAUUGUAAUGCUGUUCUAUUAAAACAUACAUGUACAUGGUACCCAGGUUAGGCACUUUAAAAUAGAAUUUACACCUACAUGUAUAAGGGCACAUUCAAAUAGAAUUUACACCUACAUGUAUAGGGGCACUUUCAAAUAUCAUUGUACAAAAUAUAUAGUUAAACCCACAUGAAGUUGAGAUUGAUAAGUUUACUCCCUGGGACCCAUGUAUGUUUUUACAACAGUUUAAAUGUAUACGGUUGUAUGUUCAUUAUUUUUACUAUGAAUGAAUGAAAUGCAGUAGGAUGUCAGUUAUAAGUCUUGGUGAAGGCAUUGAUACAAUGUAUAGGAGAGUUUGCAUUUUAGGCAACUGAUUACACGAGGGGACAUAAAGUAAUUGAACAAUAAACAUAUCCAUUACCAUAUUAUAAUUUUAGAGUAAUACAAUUUCAAUUGAAAAGCAUGCAUAGUACAAAUUCAUAUGAAGUACGAAAACAUAUGAUCUGAUGAAGAAUUGGAAUGAGUGAGAAAAAUGUAUUUACACAAUGGUCGUAGAUAAGGAAGAUAAAAUCAUAAUAUGAAAAUAGAUCAGAUGAAUAAACAGCCAGUUCUAGCAUACAGAACUUCUUUUAUUUUAAUUUCGAAUGUAACAAUAUAUAUAGCCAUAAUCUGCCCACGAACAAAAAUUGUCUUAAUGUUAUGACUAAACAUUACAGUUGUUUGAUUGCCGUAUUUAUAGAUUAUUUAUGUUUUUUUAAACGAGAUGCUUUUUCUCAUUCUCAUCUCAUCGAAGGGCGGAGCCCUGAGAUGAGAUGAGAAUGAGAAAAUGCAUCGAGUUUAAAAAAACAUAAAUAAUCUAUUUAUCGCUAUUAUUUGUAUUUCGAAUAUCAUUUUAUUUAAAUUUCAGUAAAAAAAUUUAUCUUAUACGAUGAUGAUGCAUUUUCUUUUGUGGUACAUUUUACUACUUUUUUUGGGCGUAGGCUCAUUUGAUAUAAAUAUGUAGUCACUCAGGUAGUUCAUUCAUUCGAAAAAAGAUGUCUCAUCUGACCAUCCAGCGUGUUCAAAUAUGACGAAGACCAUUUUCACUGUUGAUAAACUGUAAUUUGGUGUUUCUACGUAUCAAAAUGAAGUAAACGGUUGAAUAUUUAAUGUAUUUUCAAAGCAGACGAAGAAAUAUACAUGUAUGAAAAAAUGUACAUGCAAACAGACCUACGAUGAUUUGAAGUAGACUUAUGUGUAAAAGGACAUUUUUUAUUUGUUAAAACCUGAAUUGAUUACUUUUAUUAACUUCCAAUACAUUAUUUAACGGCGAAAUUCACGGUAAAAUAUUAAAACGAGAAAUCAAAUUUCAGCGCAGUCAUCAGAUAACAUUUUUUUGUAUAGUUCCGGCUAAUCUUUUCUGAUUGACCGACACUCCAGCGCAUGAAUUAGGUUAAUACGCUGUUGCUAAGGACCUUGGAAACUAGCGAUAAUUUUCAUUCUCACUCUACACAAGUGGUAUGAAAAUUAUCACAAAAAAACAUCAAAGGAAAAAUACAGAUAAUAGCGAUAAUGUUGUAUAAAUGUACAUAUUUAUAUUAAGAAACAAUUAUUUAUAGAACUACAUGCAUGAUAUUACCUCAAUGAGCUGCUUUGAAAUCCUUUGAUAUUUGAUUUAAUUAUAAUAUCUGUUUGAAUAAUUAUAUUUGAAUGUUAUAUCUAUCAGGAUUAUUGACAAUAAUAUAUUUGUAACUAGAUAAUGCAGCGGGCAAGACCAUUUAGUACCUAAACUAAUGUUUUAUUCAAGUUGUUUAUACUUUAUCCAUUCCAUGCACUCAGGUAUAUUGUUAUUAAUAGUCCUCUUGUUAAAAUUUAACAAACUUUAUCCUGGGUAUAUGUUGAUUUGUUUCGUUUGUCAUUGACCAAAUUAUUCCAAUGUCUUACAUAAAGUUUUAGUCAUUUGCCAAAAAAAUAAAUAACAAACAUUCAGAAAUAGGUCAAAUAAGAUGAAUCUUUGCUGCUUGCAUUAAUUGUACAAUAAAUUAUAAAAGGAAUAGCAUUGAUUGAAAAGGAUUGUUUUGAUAGAAAAUAUUAGUGAGUUAUCUCCCCUUGAGAUUGCAAAACAUUUUGUCUUGACAAAGUAUAAACUAACACGUUAGAUAGAUCUAAUUAACGUGGUUUGGAUGCCAUUUGCAAACCAUCAAUAUGAAAUAAAAAGUAAUAUUUGUUAUUGAAUAACUCUCCUAGAUUAGUAAACUAUGUUUUAAUUGGUUCGUUAUGUAAUUUGUUGUUGAUCAGAUAUGACUCUCUUUUGCAUGGUUUAUGACACCAUUAAAUAAGGGGGAAACAAAAUAGAAUAAUCUCUCUUUUCCCUUUCCGUCAUGGCAUCAAACAAAACGUAAAUGCUGUUUUUAACAAAUAAUGGGACUUAUUACUGAUUUUUAAUGAAUGUUGGUAAACAAAAUGUAGAUUUUAUUCCACUUAUUUACCAUGCCCAUUUCUGUUGAUAUUCAAUGUACUGUAAAUUCAGAAAUGAUUGUGAGGUUUUUAUCAAUGCAAGUUAUGCAACUGAAUGAGCAUAGCAAUAAUAAGUUACAAUUGUUUGCAGAUUUUCAUAAAAUCGCAAUGAUUUAUCACGCUUUUCAGACUUUCAGUCCAUUCUUCAAAAUAAUAAAUGCAUGUAAUAAUUUCUGAAUUUAUAGUUGUUAUUCAGAUGUAUGAAAAUGUAUGAUAUUUGUUAAAACAUAUAUUGUAUCAGUCCACAGAAGGUGAAAUUUCCUGAUCCUCAAAAUUAUUGUGAAAAAGUUACAUCUACUACUCAAAUGCAAAAAAUGUAAUGUUUAAGAUUUAAAAAUGUUUGUUAAUUUUCUGGUAUUUUACUGUUACUACGCAUUUGUGACUUGUUGUCUUCAGUUAUUUAUUUAUGUUUUGUUAUUUAUAUUAUUUAUGUUUAUGGAAGAUUCUUUAUAAAAUGUGUAUUGUUGAAGACAAUAUGUUGAAAUAUUACUGUAACAUUUUUUGUUUGUUUGUGUUAUUGAGUUUUUGUCUCCUUGUUGUGUAAUACACAUUUUUUUUCUAUACUGAUCCUGAUCAGGGAUGGUGUCAGUGUAUAAACUGUAGUGCAUUUGUGAUAUCUUCAUUGUCUCAUAUAAUUGAUAACUUUCAAGAUUGGUAAAUUCUUUAUCGAAGAUAAAGAACAAAACAUUAUUAUACCCCACACAACGAGUUGCAGAGUGUUGAAAGUUUUUGACCUGUCUGUCUGUCAAUCCUGUUGUUGUCAUCGAUCAUCUAAACUCCUCUGAAACCACACAACAGAAUUUCAUGAAACUUUGUAAAUAAUAAGCGCAUACUAUGUAGAUGUGCAUAUUGACAGGAAAUUAUGAUUUAAUUUUUGUUUUCUUAGAGUUAUUUUAGUUGUCCAGUGAAAAUGUGGGGUCGUGGGGUAUAUGUGAAUGCACUCACUAAGGUUCUUUAAUUAUGUAGACACAAUGGAAUUUAGGUAGCGUCUGUUGGUUGUUACAUAUUUUUUAAGCAUUUUAUAAUAUUAUCUUCUAUAUCUCUUAUUCAGCAUACUGCCAGUAUUUCAUGUUUAAGAAUGAAUGACCAAAAGUCAUCCAAUCAGCCAACAUAUUGAUAUCCUGCAAUAAUUUAAUUUUGAAUGUAACACGUCUCCUGAUUGGCUGAUGUUAUUUUGUUAUGAGCCCAUAGACAUAAUUCAGUCAUUUGACAUACAUGUAUGUUAUUCAGUGUGCACCAAAUUUUUUAUGUUAUUUCUUCAUAGACAGAAAAAAUAUUACAGUCAUUCCUUAAAUGUUUAUUUGCAUCUGCUCUUUAAAAGGAAAAGAUAUGAUUAAGGCUAUUUUUUGCCUGUUUGAUUGGAAAGUAAAAAAGUAAUAAUCUAUCACAAUCUGAUUAAAAUUCAUAUUCUUUGCCCACGCUUCCCUAACAAGGAUUUGAUAACGCUCCCUUCUACUUUCUAUUUGAAGGCCUUUAUAAGUCCUCUGGUCUUAUUGUAAUGAUAUACACCUUCUAAAAUUUGAAAGUUGUAAUUUAAUUGACUGAUGUUUCAAUUAAUUAUCAGAAAAUAAUGUAGAAAAUAGAGUUGAUAGAUCCUAAAGUGAGAAGGGACACAUGAUUUGUAUUUUUAAAUAGAUUGAAUCUAUCAAAUAUCAUUCUUGAGUGUAGCUGCAGAACCGUAGCUCUUAUGUCCGUAUGCUAUAUUUUGACUAUUUGCGUACCAUAUGGUCCUCAAAUAGUCAAAAAAUAGCAUAAGGACAUAAGAGCUACGGUUCUGUAGCUAUCUUGAGUGUUGACCUAAGUCUUUAUGAGAUGAAUGUGUUUGCUUAUGGUUUUGCAUGACAUAUUUUCUUCCGGCAUGGAAUCUUUGAACUUUUUAUUAAUAUUGAGAUAUGGGGCCAUAAAUGUACCUAAACAUUGUUUUACUGUAAUAGAUAUUUUCAGUAAAGCUUUGGCUCAUAUUUAAGUUUGCCAAAAAUAAGUAUAAAAUAGGUAUUUUAGCCCUCACUUUUCUUCAGGCAUGGAAUCUUUGAACUUUUUAUUAAUAUUGAGAUAUGGGGCCAUAAAUGUACCUAAACAUUGUUUUACUGUAAUAGAUAUUUUCAGUAAAGCUUUGGCUCAUAUUUAAGUUUGCCAAAAAUAAGUAUAAAAUAGGUAUUUUAGCCCUCACUUUUCUUCAGGAAUCGAAUCUUUGAAACCAAGUUAUUAAUAUUGAGAUAUGGGGCCACAAAUGUACUAAAAACAAUGUUAUAGUGUAACAGAUAUUUUUAGUAAGGCUUUGGCUCAUAUUUAAUUCUGCCAAAAAAUAAUUUAAAAUAGAUAUUUUAGCACUAACAUUUUUAGUUUCAUAAUUAGUUCAUAAGUGAAUUAUAAAUUAGUCUUGUAUUUUAGAUGGUUGAGAUUCAAAAUAGCUCAUGCUACUUUAUUCAAAUGGAUAUUACAUAAUUUAGAUGAAAGUGUUGUAUUUUAUUAGGUUUUAUUGUUUGUUGAUACAUAUGUAUCUUUUUUUUAGCAGUUUUAUCACAUAAUAUUUACCUUAUCUAGUCAAGAAAGUGUUCAAACUUUUUCCCAGUGUCCUAUACUUGAGAUGUUUGUUGGACUUUAAAGUAUUUGUUUUUACAAGGUUGCCAUUAUUCCAUAUAUAGAAGAGCAAGGAUAUGAUCCUUGAAUAUGUAUGUGUAGUUUAUAUGAUAUUUAUCUAUAUUCAUGUGAUAUAUAAGUCUUAAAAAUUUAUAUAUCCAUUUGUCUCGCUGUACAAAGAUUGUAUUUUUUGGGGUCAAAAUGGUCUUCUUUUAAAAUUUUCUCAGUACCACUGCCAAUUCAUAAUUUCAGAAGAAAAUAAUUUUUUUUUUUUUUAUAUUUUAUCAUUUGUACUUUCCUUUUGUUUUCUUUGUGUACCUUUUUAAUCGGGGACGUUGGAAAAAGAGACCACACAUGAUUAAAAUUCCAGGGCCUCAGGUAGACUAAUAGUAAUUCAUAUGCAUUUCCAAAACAGAUAUUUUCCUCCAAAAAAUAAGUUCUUAUUAAUAUUGUUUGUCUCUUGUAAAAAUGUUUGGUUUUGAAAUUAUUUUUUUUCUAAGGAAAAUUCAGUUGAAUCACUAAAAUGUUGAAUUGACAACAAUGUUAAUAUACAGAAUGAUGACAUUGUUUUUUUUUUUAAUAUUCAUAACAAAUAAUCAAGGAUAACAUUUAAUGUAAAAUUUAACCCUUGCUUCAAAAUAAAUGUCUGAAAAUGGUUUUUAUACGCCCAUUGUCUAUUAGACGGGACGUAUUAUGGUAUACCGUUGUCCGGAUGUCCGUCCGUCCAUCCAUCGUCCACACUUCAGACAAUAACUCAAAAACACUUUCACCAAUUUCCAUGAAACUUAAGUGAAUUGUUUAUAUCUAUUGACGUAAGCUCCCUUUCAAUUUUUUAUAAAUUUCAGAUUUUAAGUUUUGGAUAUUUGGGGCUUUAUUCAUAAAAAAGGUGGAUUUUUAACACUUCGGACAAUAACUCAAAAAGGCUUUCACCAAUGUCCAUGAAACUUUGGUGAAUUGUUUAUAUCUAUUGAUGUAAGCUCCCUUUCAGUUUUUAUAAAUUUCAGAUUUUAUGUUUUGGAUUUUUGGGGCUUUAUUCAUAAAAAAAGGGGGAUUUUUAACACUUCGGACAAUAACUCAAAAAGGCUUUCACCAAUGUCCAUGAAACUUUGGUGAAUCGUUUAUAUCUAUUGAUGUAAGCUCCCUUUCAAUUUUUAUAAAUUUCAGAUUUUACAUUUCCGUGUUAUGAAUUUUUAUGCUUAAAAAAGGGGGGAUU